AACCAAACAUCAUGUCAUCAACUAAACUGAAGAUAGCGUGUGUUCCCAAGCCGAGCUUAUCGGUAUCUUCUUCUUCUUCUUCUUCUUCAACAAUUCGGAAUGCUAUACAGCGCAAGGGUGCGCAGAAUAAGCAGCCAUCACCACCUGAUGGCACGAGGGUUCGUCCUCUCUUCGGAGACCAAAACUAGUUCGCAUUUCAUACGAACCUCCAUUUCUAGGGUUUCCUCACCAAUCCAAUUGAGAACAAGCCCUUUCUCAGCGAAUCACCUUCCUCUAAAUCCAUCCAUUGCGUCCAUCAAUCGCUUACUAUGCAGUUGUUCCAGUCGCCAACAUGACCCAAUCGACAUGUCGAAGUACAUAGAAGCUUUCGCGAAGAGGAUGGCCAUGGCUGGUCUCAAACCUCAUCACCGUAUCGCUCUUGGGGUUUCUGGUGGUCCUGACAGUAUGGCACUGUGCGUGUUAGCUGCAAGUUGGAAAACCAAUGGCACUAAUGCUACCGGAGGUCAGAGCAGCAGUUUCAUUGAUGGGCUUUUGGCAAUAAUAGUUGAUCAUGGAUUACGCUCUGAGAGUAAAGAUGAGGCAAAUACUGUGUCCCAUCGAGUUCUGGAUAUGGGAAUCAGGUGUGAGAUUGCCAGUUGUGAAUGGCCAGAUGGUAGGCCAAAGAAGGGUCACUUGCAAGAAGCAGCUCGUGACAGGAGGUAUCAAAUUUUUCAGAAUGUUUGCAUUCAACACCAGAUUGGUGUGUUACUAAUUGCUCACCAUGCAGAUGAUCAGGCCGAGUCAUUCAUUCUUAGAUUAUCUCGCAACAGUGGCGUGCUUGGACUUGCUGGCAUGGCAUUUAUCUCUCAAUUGUACUCUACAUAUCCAACAUUUAAUGGUGAAGCUUCAAAUAAUCAUGGUAUUUUACUUGUUCGACCACUCUUGGAGUUAUCAAAAGAGGAUAUGUACAAGAUUUGUCAAGGGGGUAAUCAAGAAUGGGUAGAAGAUCCGACAAAUCAAAGUCCACUGUUUGCUCGUAAUAGGAUCCGAAUGGCAUUGAAAAGAUUAUCAUCAUCUAUCUUCAAUUCUGAUUUGCAGGCAGUUAUUUUGACCUGUCGAAGAACACGCUUGUAUGUUGACCAAAGUUGUUGUAAUUUGAUAAAUCAGUCUGUGACCAUCAUGAAUAAAGGGUACGCCGUUAUUGAUAUAGAGAUUCUCAAUCCAUCAAAAGUCGAGGACAUAUUUCUCUCAAAGUUUGUUGCCUUGGUGUUGCAGUUCAUCUCACAAAGGCACAGACCAGUUCGUGGUAGUGCUUUAAAAUUGCUGUUGGACUACUUUCGCACUUUCCCAUGCAAGACUUCUUUUACAGCAGCUGGUUGUUACAUUUGUCCAGCUCCUGGCUCGAAAGGCUCCAAAAUCCUGGUUUGCUGCUCUGUUGAUUCUUGUUUGCCUUUGAAGACAGAGUUGUUCCACAAACUCUCUUGUGAAGGACAGAAGCACUUUAUGCUGCGUGAAAUAGAACAAAUUAUAGCCGAUGGAAAACCAUACUUAGAUCACUUGGUUCCUGACGCCUCAAAUGUGCUUUUUUUGGAUGGAACAUCUUCUGAAUCUGUUUUAGUUGAGGCAAGAAGAAUUAAUAUUCUCAGUGAGUCUACCUAUAGGAACAUUCUUUCAUUGCGGAGAGAUGAAACUAAAAAGUUCAGGUCCAAAACUGAAGAUGUGUCGAACUGUGAGUUAAUGCAUAAAGUUGAAACUUUGGGUAGUAAUCUUUCAAGUCCAACACUUCAACCCGGGUAUAUUGGUUACUUUAUGAACAGAUUCUUGGUCAAGUGGGAACUGAUUGAGAAAAUUUCCCGUGAUGGUUACCGUUGCGAGUCUUGUCUAGUUGGUCAUGACAAGGUAGCUGAGGUGCGCCACAUGGUUGAUGCUGAUUGGCUGUAUCUUGCCAAAUUGUCAGAGUGUCAUCAUAUGGAAAAUUCUGAAGUGCAAAGAGUUCUCUCUGUUGAAAAAUUGGAGCAGGUAACAGGAAAGAUAAAUGUAUGUUCAGAUUAUGCACAGAUAUCUGCACAAAAUGCCCUGCGGUUGUUGAAAUCUAUCCCUGUCGCUGCAAGAAGAGGCCUACCGGUACUAGUCAAUCCUCAAGGACAGUUACUAAGUAUUCCGAGUGUUGGAUUCAAGUAUUGCCCCUGCUUGGCAGUAUCGGCAGUUUUCAUGCCUAGAGUACCUCUUGGUGGAGGCCAUAGCUCAUUUAUCUAAUCUAAUGCAAGAGCCUUAUUGCUAUAUAGACCAGUGGGCUUUGCGUAUAUACAUAUAUAUUUGGACAUAUGGGAGUCACCAAUAUAGUGUAUUAUAAUGCGGAAAUCAAUUUUGAAGUGAAGUUCAGAAAAUUUUGCAAGAUAUGUUCCCAAAUUUCGCAUAUCGGUUCACCACAAUUGUAUCCUUAAUUUUCAUAUUAGAUGCUUUAUUUCAUCUGUAUGCCAUGCCUGGUGAAGCUAUGCUUGGCUGGGUGCAGACAUUUAUGUAAUGUUUAUUUAAUUAGAGUCAAUUAAUCUAAUUCUUGAACAAUCUUUUCGCCUGA